UGCUGACACGAAAGGGAAAGGAAACGCCGACUUCUCCAUUCCAAAAUCCCCUCUGUCUCAUCUUUAGCACCAACGAGUGUUUGAUCGAUCGGAGGCUUUGAAACGUUCGUUGUUUGAUUUCAGGGCUUUUUGCUUACUUUUGGAACUUCCCUUCCCGUGGAGUCUGCUGUUGGCCCCGAGGAAUUGGCCCCUCUUGAGAUUCCAGGCGCUAGAUUUAUCGAGCCCGACUUUAUAAAGUUGAUAGGCAAGCUAGCUAGCUAGCCACCUAGCUAACACUUAGCUAGCUCACUUGCUAACUAGCUUGCAGUGUUGGUUGGGGGAGCCCAUUUUUGUUGUCAGUCUUGGGGGCGUCGUUUUCACAUUACCUUGCAACUGCUUCUGACUAUUUUUCUUCAUAUCUAAAGAGUUCUUCCGGCGAGGCUUAAAGCCACUGUUUGUAGCUAGCGUGGUCGAUAUAGCCUGCUAACUAAUACCCUGCGUACUAAGCCUGAAAGCCAACAGAAGGCCCGAGUCCAGCACCACCAGUCGCCUCUACCAUCAUAGUAUUUGCAUCGCCGUGCAGUGAGAGUUGACAGCUUACUUGGUGACACAGAGACUUCUCCCUGAGGAGCCAAGAAGCAGACGGCUCAUGACUUCUGACCAGGACACAAAAGUUGUAGCUGAACCACAGGUGCAGCAAGUACAAGAGGCAAAAGAGAACUCUCAUUUGGAAUCCGCCAAGGUUUCAGACCUCAACCCCAAUGCGAAAGCAUGGGCCAACCACAUGUUUAGCCUGGACCCCAGCGGGACUGCUGACACCACAACUGCUGCCCUGCAGCCAUGGAAGGAAGGCUGCGAUAGUUCGACCGACCCCGGAACAGAAGGCUUUGAAGCCAGUGAAGACAAAGCUCACAAGGAGCCUCUGCUAACUGACCUCGAUGAGCCUCCACCAGUACCAGUAAUGCUGGCCGAGCCGGCCCCCGUUGCCUCCGUCACCCUGGAGUGCUCCGAGCCAGCCUACACAGAAUACCCAGAGCCUGGGCAGCCAGGGCACACAGGCAGUGAUUCCCAGCCUGACAACCCCCAGGAGGGCUUGAGGGAGCACCUGAAGAAGACCCUGGAGUUCUGUCUGUCCAGGGAGAACCUGGCCAGUGACAUGUACCUCAUCUCCCAGAUGGACAGUGACCAAUAUGUGCCAAUAGUGACGGUGGCCAACCUGGACCACGUCAAAAAGCUCAGCACUGACGUGGAGCUGAUUGUGGACAUUUUACGAUCUUUGCCAUUGGUUCAGGUGGAUGAGAAGGGGGAAAAGGUGCGACCCAAUCAGAACCGCUGCAUCGUUAUUCUCCGAGAGGUCCCAGAGAGCACACCCAUAGAGGAGGUUGAGGCGCUUUUUAAAGGGGACAACUUACCCAAGUUCACCAACUGUGAAUUUGCAUACAAUGAUAACUGGUUCAUCACCUUUGAAUCAGAAGCAGAUGCACAGCAGGCAUAUCAGUAUCUUCGUGAGGAAGUAAAGACUUUCCAAGGGAAGCCGAUUAAGGCAAGGAUAAAGGCGAAGGCAAUCGCUAUCAACACUUUCAUGCCAAAGAAUGGUUACCGGCCAGUGGAGGUGAACCCAUACGCCCAGCAGCGCUACACAUCCUACUACAUCCCGCCGGUUUACAGCCCCCAGCAGCAGUUUCCUUUAUACAGUCUCAUCACGCCUCAGGCCUGGUCGACCACACACAGCUUCAUCGACCCCGCACUGGUUGCCCCAUUUCACAACAACCAGUUCAUCAACGGAUUUACUACAUCGCAUAGUUUCAAACCGGCAACGUCGCCCCUCACCAUCAGACACUUCUCACCCAGGAACAGGAAUCACAGCAAACCUCACUUGAGACCGACGAUCCCCACGGCAGACCGUAACACUGGGCUCCUGGAACACCCGGGCCUCUUCUCCAGCUUCCCUAGCGAGCGGCUCAACGGGGUUCGCAGCAGCCCGCCAACACGACUUCCCACCAGCCAGCCCAGAACCAGGUUACCCUCCACUGCGGCCUUCCCUCGCAGAGACACCGUGGGCACGGGGCGAGUAACGGAGCCAACAACCCCAGACUAUUCCCUGGGUGUCGGCCGAGGAAGGAAAAAUGUUUCUGCUUCUAGGAAAAAGAGGGACGACAAGUUUACACAGAGAGUGACUCCUCAGUCACCGCCGCCUCCUCCGAAACCUCCCUCCCCGAGCUUUGAGCUCGGUCUCUCCAGCUUCCCUCCUCUUCCCGGAGCAGCCGGCCAGCUGAAGACAGACGACGUGUUCGACAACCGGUUGGCCAGCAGUGUCGUUGUCGGAACCACUAAAGAACGGAAUGUCAGCGCUGAUUCCAGCAGUGGAGGUGCUCUCUCCCCAGUGGGCCCCAAAGAGCCUCACCGAUCCUCCACCUCCCCGAUGCCAUCGACCUUUCAGCCCUCGCCGACCACCCCGACCGUGACCUCAGCCCCGACAUUGACCCCAGCACCCGGCACACCGCACAGUCCCGCUCCCCCACUGCCGGCAGCAGAGGUGAAAGCAGCAGAGGUCAAGCCAAAGGAGGUGCAGCUGUCUGUGGAGCGAGUUUCUGGCACCUUGUCCACUGCAAGCAAGUCGGUGCAGGUCAACGGUGCUGCCACAGAGCUGAGGAAGCCCUCCUACGCAGAGAUCUGCCAGCGGGUGAAGGACACUCCGACAUCACACCAACCACCAACGCCCAAGGAAGCCAAGCCAACCUGCGCCGCCGCCACAGCCGAGGACAGGAAGUGCACUGACGCCUCCACCCCUUCAGGGGAGGCCAAAGCCAGAGAGACAUACCACCCUUCCUCCAAACCUGGCUCCGCAGCCGGCGCUCCAGGCAGACCCCCAAAGGAGACCCGAAGGCCGGCCGGGCGAUGGGCCUCCCCGCCCCCACAUCCAGGGAAAACCCCCAGCAAAGAUCCCCACCACACCCCACCCAAGUCCCCACAAUAGGGCAGCUUCCUGCCCAUGCCUGAUUCCUCCAUCACCCCCACUACGCUCCACAGAUGUGUUUAAAAAAAAAAAAAAAAGCAAAGGAAAAUAAGUCAGGGCUACUCAAUACUUAUCUCCCAGAAUCACCAGUCACAAACGAGCAUAGAGGACACCUUCUUCUCUGGAUCAGGGCUUGCAGACAAAAAGCACUUUACUGUGCAUGUAGAGCACUGUUUCUUUCUUUUUAUUCUAUUUAUUUGUUUCCCCCUCCCCCUUUUUCUUUUAAUUUCCAGUUCUACGUUUUCUCUCCUGCAAGUUGUGUCAGCCUGCAAGUCGGCACAGCCAUCGCUGAAAUUUCAUCACUAUCUGAAUGGCUUUGUGGGAUUAAUUAGUCCUGUGUGUGAAGCAGCGGGGCAUUGUUGGAAGAAACCCCAAAGGAUGACAGGAAGGAGCGUGUAAAACAAACUCCAUUUUGUUUGGUUGUCAUACCGACGGGCAUGUCCAUUUGCACGGUUGUGCAACUUUAUGUAGCUUCAUUAUUAGUAGAUGACACUUUUUUUUGCAUCCAAAUACAAUCUUAACAUCUAAAUCUGUAAACAGUAGAAUUUAAUCCUCUGGUUUACGAGGCCUCGAUGAUUGUUGUCCUCUGAGUUAUUUACACGAGGUGACUUUUGUUUGUUGCUACUGUCUUUUUAUUUACCGGGUUCAGCAUUGCAGGCUUUUGUGGACUGUUGGGGCAGUUACUGGUUUAUUAUCGCCGGGUUUCCUCUCAGUCUUCUUCCUCUAAUCGGUCUCUGUAAAGAAUGACCUCCCUGUGCUGUUUAUCUUUUCACUAUCAGCGAUAACGAAGCUUGUUUUUUUCUGUUCUGCUGUUUUAAGAGUCGGACAGUAAAAGCUCGUUUCUCCAACCAGAAAAAAAUCUUUUGAAAUAGCUGGAAGUAGAUCCACUUUUUUUUGGGGGGGGGGGGGGGGGGGGGGGGGGGGGGGGAGGUUUUCUUGGCAUUUAUGAUUUGGGAAAAGCAGAGGCAGCUUAUUUCCUUUAAAGUUGUCUCAUUUAAAAUCCAGUGGUCCCUUUUUUCUGAGUAGGUUUAGUUUGCUCUGGAAGAGCUUAAACACUGGCAAGCUGCAACCAGGAAGGACAUUAACACUAGCUGCCAUUAAAGACGGUCGGUCAACAUGCCGGUUUAAAGGUGUUGAACUUGUUGCCAAGAGAGAGGACGACUCGUCGUGCAGAGAGGUUGCAGCGUUUCACUUUGAAACCAUUCACACUUGUUCUUUCUCACAGAUGUGGUGCUAGACAUCCAGUCCUGGAAUCAGUUACGACAACUCUUGAUACUGUAUGUGUAGAAAUACUUGAUUUACAUCCACAGAACCUUACUUGCACUGUUAGUGUUUUUCUCAGACAUGCAGGCAAAAUCUAUUAGAUUGUCCUACCUGAAGAGAACAAGGGAAUAACUCUGUUUUCCAGGAGCAGAUUUAAUAAGAACCUUGUGCGGCGUCUGAAUCGAAGCCUUUUUGUUUUUGUUGUUCUGCCUUGUGGAAGCCGGAGGGAUGGACGUUGCAGCCGUAGGUUCAUUUUUGACAGAUUGUGACUGAUGCUAAUGUUUCAGUUUCAUUUGCGGUGGUUCUGGUUUAGCAUUGGUGAGGAUUUUCAUAGAGAGGUGUGUGAGAAUAAUGGAUAAAUAUGGAAAGUGAGAACGUUGGUUAAACUUAGUUUGUGUUUUUUUAUGUUGGUGAAACUUAAGCUGAUGAAGGUAAAUGAUGAGUGGAUUGUUAUUUUCUUUGGAACGUAGUUGGCAAAGUUGGAAUGUGAAGGAACCAAACGUCCGAGAUAAAUCUGUCAUGUAAAAUCCAUCCUGGGGGGUGGAAAUGUUCAACUCUUCCUCCUUCCUUGGCGUUGUCUUCACCACUAGGGUUCUUUUGUUUUAAUGUCAGAAUUUUGUCAAUUUCUCCUCGUUUGUUUGCACUCUGAUUUCUUGUGAGUGUGGAACUGUAAGAAGUGGGAAAGACUGACCUGAGCACACAGCUUUUCUCUUUUGAAGAUGCAGAUUAUAAAUCACCUGAGGAAAAAACUUCUACGUCUACAUCAGUCGAGUGGCCAACGUUCAGGGAGGGAAGCUGUGGAGGCGAUCAAGUUAAGUUUAGUUGGAAAGCCUGUCGACUGUAGCAGCCACAAACGGCAGAUAACCAACUAAGUCUCUUGGAAAAUGUUUAAUUAGUUUGAAUAAAACAAAUUAUUACCAACAAAAGCCAGUUUUUAGGGGUAGAAAUAAAAGAAACUGGGUUCUUUUCCCUCCCUGCUCAUCUCAUGUGCUCAGGUCUGUCUUUUACAGUCAUCACCUCAAGAUGCAAAACACCCUUAAAUAAACCACUGUUUUCACAGUAUCUAUAAUGGGAAACGCAAACUUACGCAAUGUGGGACCUUUCAUGUCUCGCUCAAGUCUUCCUGCAACACAAAGGAUUCUGGGUAAUCCCACUAAGAGAAAACCCAUCUGCAGAAGGGAAGCUUCAUUUUAAGAAAAAAUAAAUGAAAAUACAUCUCUACUUCUGGCCAGAGCUGCUUUUGAUUUGGAUGCUAAAGCUUGAGUUUAAUUAGAAAUAUUUUUUUUUCUCCUCUUCUGAAGGACUGAGAUGCACUUGGAUGGUUUGAUCUAUUUUUUUAUUUCUCUUAUUAGUGGAAAUGGUUAAAGAGUUGAAAAUGCACCAUAUCCGCAUAUUUAUACAGCAGUGCUGUUUAUUCCAUGAGAAAUUAAUAUCUUUAAGUUUUUUUUUUUUUUUGUUUUUUUUUUGGGAGAAGGAAAAAACAGACACGUUGAUGUCUCUAUAUACGCAAAAUGUUUGAAAAAAAUAAUCCAUCCAGUGUUUGAGAAACUUGAAUUUUAUUUAAACUUGAAAAAUGACUUUGCCUUAACUUUUAUACAAAAUGAGCAUAGAGUUUAUUUCUUUCAGAGAUAAAACAAAUCCCCGAAAUGUUAACGAAACGUGGCACGUGGAAAAUAUUUAGUCGUGACGAGUCUUAGAGUACAAAUCUAGCAGCAUUUACUUUGGUUUCCCUUUUUCUUCCUGUAAAAAUGUACGAAAAAUAAUCAUUUGGUGUCUUGUUUAAUAGUUUCAGGUUUUGUUUUUUUUUUUUUUUAUUUGUUUUUGGGGGGGAGGUAUAAACCUUGUAAAUGCAACUAGUCAAUACUGUAUUAAAUAUGUGCACUUUGAAGUGUGUGCUUUGCUUGUACAGAUGUAAAUACUCAGAAAACUAUAAGAGGUACCUUAAAAUGAUUAUAAAAAUAUAUUGAUCCUUAACUAUAAUGUUGCUAUUGAGCUGGAUGUAGGACAUUAAAAAAACAAAAAAGAAAGAAAAAUGGAAAAAAAAAAAGUUGUGCUUUUGAAAGAAUUAUUUUAAAUUUUUUAUGUUUAGUUUGGGUGUGCAGAGUUUAAUUUCUGCUCCAAUCUGCAGCGUGGGCAGAUUGUCUGAUUGUACAUUUUCUGUUUGUUGUCUUGCAUUCCUUUUUUUUUAUGGCUGUAACUUCGCCCUCCUCUUCCUCCUUUUUCCUCACUGUGCACAAUUUGGAAAGAGCCUGUGGUGCCGACGGGCAUCCCACAAAGCUGAGUGUCCACCAGCAUCCUCUGUACAGCGCCGGCGUCUCUUUCAUUCAACGUUCCUGUCGCCAAAAUUGAGCGCAAAUAUCUCAGAGUCUGAAGGCAGAAGCCGAUCAGCAAGAAAAGCACUACAUUUCUAAGAAAAUAAGAUAUAAAAAGCAAAAAAGGCAUUAUGGGAUUUUCUCUUCAGGCAGAUUUUAACACUAAUAACCAACCUAAACGUGCAGCUUUUAGCCGCCACAUGCAAACGCAGCUAGUGUUUAAUCAAACUGCAUCGUGUCCACAUGAGAUGGGCUGCAUGACAUUUACACAGCACAGGAGGGAGCUCAAGUCUUCAUUGUGGUGUUUAAAGGGAUUAAAGUUUAUAUUUUUUUCUAAUCUGUUAAAAGUUUUGAAGGUUAAAAUUUGGGCAUUUGUUCCUGUCUGUUGAACUUUUGGCUGGAAAAUGGAAACUAGGGAUGCAGUGGGCUCAAUUUAAAAAUAAAAGCAGAUUUUUUUUUUUUUUUUUUAGCUUGAAUUGCAGAUUUACCUGCUGCUGUUUAAGAAAAAAAAACAUUCGGUUAAGGAUUAUAUAAACUACAGCUAAUGGUUUUGACUGGCGGUGCUGGAUCUGUUCAGUGUGAACAGAGCAGGGUUUGUUUCUGGUAUUUAAAGGAAAACAACAAAAUGCAACAACUUUUUUUUUUCUUUUUGGACGAUUUUUCAAACUAAAUAUUGAAAGCAGAUCUGUCCUUUUAACCAAAAGGGUUUUAGUUCAAAUACAGACUAUGGUUCUGGUAUCUGUAAAAAAUAAACUGGCAAAUAAAGCGUUCAGUUUGAGCCAUGUGAAUGCAUCUGCUUCUGUUUUCUAAAAAUGUUCUAAGUAAAGUCAAAUUAUCUACACAGCCGUUGACUUUCUGAAGCACAAAAAGGUUGAAAACCUGAACAGGAAGCAGCUUUUCUUGGGGAAUCAUUAAUAAAAAAUAACCUGAAAACCUGAAGUUUAUGCAAGAAAAAAAUGUGGCAGGAUGUGAUGCCCAUAACUUUCUAAGCUGUUGUUGCAAAGAGCGAUGCCGGAUGGACUCUCAGUUUUGUUGCCGUUGUUCGAGGCAACCUCGAUGUGUGAAGCCCACCAACAUUAAUUAAGAAAGGGAAAGCACAUGUAAAAAUAUUCACACCUUCAGCUCGUGCAGCAGGUGGUUCUAAAGGUGGGAGAUGAUUGCCAAACGGCCGCUUGUUGAAGCCGAGUUUCAGGCCUGUGGAGCGUCUGUUUUAAUCUCAUUUGCUGAACAAAGUGAAAUGUUGGGAUUUUUUUCACUGUGGCAGUUUGAGCAAAGACUUUCCCACCUGCGUGUCCGAGUGUGUGCUAGACGACGUUAAUCUUAACAAAACUUGUUUUGUACUUUUUUCUUUUCCUUUCAUCCUCUGAUUAAUGAUGUUUGUUCAUGUUCUGAGAAAUAAAUGUACAAAUUAUUUUCUUUUAUUUUUGUGAAGGUUGAGGGCUUAUUUGAAAGCUCAACUAGAAUCAGUUUAGUUUUGUUUUAGUGGCGGUUUUCUGGCACAUACAGAGCAGUAACCUGCACAGAUCAAUAUGUCUGUUCAAACCUUUUGAUUACAUGUGUACGGCAUUUUGUUGUGGCAAAGAAAACCAAUAACCGUGCCAUUAUACAACCUGUUUUAUGUCUUGACUGGGCAGUUUAACCUGUACAUACAUAGCUGAGCGCUUGCCAUCUUUGACUUUUUCUUUUACCAUGUGAUUUUCCUUGUGAUUGGAGACGAGUUAAGCUGACACCACUGACUGUAGGACGUCUUUUCCACGGGUUGCGUCGAGGUCGAGGCCUCGGACAUGGACGCUGAUUGCAACCUGAGCAUCGCUGGACUGUGAAUGUGUGCAUGUGUAGAAUAAAUAAACUACCACCCAGAAAUCCAGACUGAUGCAAAAGGGCAACUCUUCCCUGAAGGGCGUGGUACCUCAGACUGGAUGGUACCGCUUUCAAAGGGAUCUUUCUAUCUUGGCGGGAUGGUUGUCGCCAACUCUGACAUUAAAGCUCAAUAAAUGAGCUCCUUUUUUGUUGUGGACUUCUGCAUGGAGGAUCACACUUCAUAUCAGCCUGUCGGUCGCCUCGGUCUCCUUCCUGUUUACCCAUUAUGACAGUGCCAUUGUUUUGUUUUUUUCUUCUUUGUGGGUUGCAUCUCAGCAGAAAAAUGGACCCUUUGUGGGGUUUUUUUGGUUUUGUUUUGUGUUUUUUGUUUUUUUUCUCAAAAAUAUGACAAAUGCACAACAAGUGACUGGAAGGAGACUCUUUAUCAACUCACUGUGGUUUAACUCAUUAACACUGACCGUGCUUCGCUAGCAGCUGUGGACAAUCGAUGACUCCCCAUCGUGUUGGGGUUUGGACAGAUACAUUUUUGCCUAACGACACCUUUAACACAUGUGGGAUGGAGGUUGCGCUCGAGGGCGGCUUUUCUUUUUUUCUUUUUUAAUUUCCGGGUCUUUCUUCCAUUCAGACUGGAAUCAAGCGUACAUGUCAGCUAUAGAUAAUUUAAGUUACUCUCGUGUCAUAAUGUAAAACUGUCUAAUUUGGAGAGAAAAAAAUGUAGCUUACUGAAAAAUAAAGAUUUAGGCACUGUU